AGUUUCAAGUAAGUCAGUGUUUCUAGCGUACCUGGACCGAACGGGGGAAUAUUUUUUUUUUUUUUACAUUCUAUUUUGGAGUUAAAUCCAGGAAGUAAUUAGAAGGUUCUGUGUGUUUUCUCUCCUACAUCAGCUUUUCAAGGCGUAUGCCGUGCAUGUGUUAUCGGGCUAGUGAGUAAUGUUUAUAAACAUUAACUAUUUUAUGUUAAUUUUUAAAAAAAAUAUAAUUGACAUGGACUGUUUUUUUAAAAAAAUCACAAUGGAAUAUUUCCGAUGUUUUACCGCUAGCCUCUUUUCCCAGUAUGAUACAAGAACUAAAGCUAGUAGCAGUCAAUACAUGUAGUUUUAGACGUGGUUAUAGUCAUUGCAGUCACUGUAGUUUUAAGAGCCCAGUGGCGUAGAAGAAGGGAGGUCGAGGGAUUGACCCCAUUGGGUGGCACUGUUUACAGCUGCUACAAAGCACAAAUGACGAAUCCAGAAAAGCCCGUGUCAGCUCUGUACCUGGAGUUGUACAAUCCAUUCUCUGCACCUAACAGAGGCGUAGUGAGAGUGUUUGGCGCCCGGGGACACGAUUCGCGCCCGGGGACAAGAUUUAUUUUAAAGCGCCCACUUUUCUUUUUUCCCCACUCUCAAAUCCAUUAUUUUCAUCAAUAAAAUAAUAUCAAAGCUCAUUUUGGCGCCCCUAACUAGCUGGCGCCCGGGGACAUCUGUCAAUUCCUACCCUAAUAUAAAUCAUAAAACACUGUCAUUGUAUAACAUUAACUAAACAAAUAAGGUGUUGAAUCCUAUUGGAAACGCCAACGGUGGCGCUUCUGUUAGAGCAAUGGCGUGUAACGCGUCACAGUCUGCAGAAAUAGCUUUGCAGUCCAGUAAAUUUUAUUUUGGGUUGAAAUGAAGCUUGUCUUACGGAAAUCAUGAGUUUACUUGCAAUUAUUAUGCAAAUGGCAUUCUACAACAACUUGCGAUUUGAAUAUAAAUUUGCGCGAGCUGCGUGUGCAUGUAUAUAAAUAUAAUUGGUAAGAGUAUCUCUCUUAAUAGAUAAUACACAAAGUUCUCUGUGUUCGCAGUUAGUACACAGCUGAAAUUUGUCCAAUUCUUAAGGGACACAAAAGUUUGUUCAAAUUUAGCAGGAUAUUUUUAAAUGUCAUCUAAAUUCAUUGUGAAAAUUUGAUUCGAAGCUCGGACGAUAAUAAUGAUAGCAUAUCAACAAAUCCCUUCUGUCUUACCACAGAGUACAUGUAAAUCAGUUUUAAAACUUUAUUGACUAUUUAACUGUUAGCUCAUGCCGUGCACGUUGUAGAGAUGACGUGUGUGUCUGUGUGGGUCUGUGACGGGUCUGUGACGGGUCUGUUUGGGUCUGUGUGGGUCUGUGACGGGUCUGUGUGGGUCUGUGUGGGUCUGUGUGGGUCUGUGAUGGGUCUGUGUGGGUCGGUGUGGGUCUGUGGCGGGUCUGUGACGGGUCUGUGUGGGUCUGUGUGGGUCUGUGACGGGUCUGUGACGGGUCUGUGUGGGUCUGUGUGGGUCUGUGUGGGUCUGUGACGGGUCUGUGUGGGUCUGUGUGGGAGAAAUCUAAAACGUACUGAACAGCAUUCUGAUCCAACGACAAGCCGGCGGGUGGCAAGUCUAGCAGUGUGAUACGUUCGUCCAGAAAACUAAGAUAACCACUUGAACACUUGAAGCAUCUCGAGUGAUCUUUUAGUGUACAAUUAAAAGAUAACGCCAAAAAUAAAACACACCGUUUUGAUAAGCGCUUUGUUUCUUUGUUUUGUUUUUUUUAUUCGGAUGGGAAACUUUAACCAUGGAUUCUUUGCCUCGCAGGCUAGGCACCACCGAUAAUGAAAAAUUCAAAAUUGAAGAUAAUGGAAAAUAUGUUCAAUGAAACUGUCUCUCAGUUAUUUAAAAACAAUAUCUUGUUGCAUUAUUGUAUCAUUUGAUGAUACAGAAUUUAUCGAUUUUAACUUGACAUUUGGUUCAGUUUUUUUUGUUUUUUUCCCUCGGGUGAACUUUUAUCAUGAUCGCUGUAGGUUCAUUGAUUUUGAAAGAGAUAGUGCGGUACGAAUUGAUGUGAAACAAUGAAACAAAAGACAGCCACUGAUUCUCAUAUAUUAAAGUACACAACUAUAUCAGAUUAAAUUUGUUAUAGUGAUAAAAUUUUGAUUAGGAGAUUCCAGGUUUUAAAGUUAUAUUUUCCUUUCGAGUGAUAGCUUUUUACAACCUUUUGUAUGAUGAGAUAUGGGGUAACUGACAGAGGCGUAACCUGUUGAAUAUAUUUUUCUUCUGCUUUGUCCCUCUUCCUUUUCGCAAUCCCCCCCCCCCCCCCCAAACUCCACAUGUUUUAUAUUCAUUGCACUAAGUGAAGAAAAGGCUGUCAUGCGUGACGUGUGAACUCAUGUAAAAAAAAUAAUUUGGGAGCAUCUAUCAUAUUAAUCAAUAGAGAGCUACUGGUUUGGUGUAGGACUAUCUGUAGCCCGUUUUAAUUCACUUCGGCUACUAUAAAGGAAUCAGCUUAUAAAAAUAAUACCAUUAUUCAAUCAUCCGAGGAGCUAACACCAGGAAUUGGGGCAAUAUGGCUAGUACUUUUUUUUUUUUUACAAUCUUAAAGACCCUUUGAACUAGUUUUCAUGAGUGAUAAAUAAAUUAAUAGAUAGCGAAAACCUAAAAUACUGAAAUGAUAAUAUACACAUACAUGCAUACAUAUAUUAUUCGUGUUCUGAUGAAAAAAAUACAAUUAAUUUUGCAUGAUUUUGAAAAUAGUAAUUUUGUGGAACAAAAACUAUCCUCAUGGUAAAAUUAUGCCCACUUGAAAUUCCUUUAGGUAAAUACUGGUAUGUUGAUAAGUUUCUUCGAACUUAAUGUUAGAACUUUCCGUAGUCUUGAGACUAAUGUUUCGUACGGGCCAAUAUCCAACGUCUAUGGAUGUUUCUCCUUGCAGCUCAUCUUGACAUUUUUAUCACAAAUAUAACCUUCUCAUCUCAACAGUUCAUGUCCAUUAACACAGUUAUAAGGAUGCCAAGAACUAUGACAACAACGAUGACAAUAACUAUGACUAUAAAGACGACGAUAAAGAUGACCACAACGAUAAAAUAACAAAUGACUACAGCCCACACGAAACGCUAAAGAUGUCUAUGCCCAAGAGCAUAACGAUGAUAUUAACAAUUACCAUAACGAUGAAGAUAACGACGACUAUAAACCUCAAUGAACCACUCAGCGCUGCACCACCGGAUGAAAUAAUUAUCCACCAUCCCAACGACCCAAUGCACCACAUACCAUGGGGGCGCGGACUGACCGUCCCACACACACAGAGCCAUGUAAACAUGAGAAUGUGAAACUGUAUUAGUGAAAGAAGAAGACGUUGAGCAGAGAUCAAAGCAUCAAACGAAACAAGACAUGAACUUAAAAUUUUAUUCUGAACAUUACACAAUUAUUGUUAUUGUAAAUGAGACCUGAAAUCUUUCUCUUUUUUUUUGUUCAGACAUGACGUCAACAUUAUCUACCAGAACAUUGAUUUUUUCCGUCGCUGUCUUGGCUGUCACGAUUUCUACCUGUUCAGCCUCAUGGUAUCCAAGUGUAUGUAAGUACACAAAUGAUAAAAAAAGAAUUGUAUUGUUAAUUUAUAUAUCAAAUUACGCUUGGUUGUAUAGCUUUUUUUUCUUACUCGCCACUAGCCUAAUUUAAAGACUCAUUCUUUGGUAACAAGUUUAGUUAGACUUGACUUUUGUGUACAGGGAUUAAACAUAAUACGUACACAUAAGGCAAAAUAAUGAUUGCCACUCAGUGACAUUAUGUACACUUUAAAUUAAAAUUACGCCAAAACAAAAUGAGAAGAUUAGUAGUUUCUUGUGUACACCUCUGUACGAAAUACAGAGUUUAAUAUUUCGAGUGCUGAAAUUGUCUCACAGAUUACUUGGAAGACUACUGUGGCCGCUCACUCACAGUCCGUAAUGACGUGAUCAUCAAAAUUUCACGCAGAGUCUAUUUACCAAGCAACUGGAUGUGCUCUUUGACCUUAAUGCCUUACUCUGGGUAUGAAGUCGUGGCGUCGUUCCACAGCUACUCCAUGAGCAGCGCGUACACCUACUCUAGCACCUGUGUGUACGAGGCCAUACAGUUGAGCAGUCUAAAUAAUCCAAACAUUCUAGGUAUUUGGUUUUAGCAACAUUAAAAAAAAAUAAUUAGAUCAGAGAAAAAUCUGCGGACAAAGCUUAUUUCUAGGGUUCGAUAUCUAAUCAGUCUUUUUUGGGGGGUUUGAUUCUAUAUUGUGAUUUUUUUAAAAAAAAUUGUUGGUCAUAUUCUUUUUUAUUUAAAAUAUGCACGUAAUAUGCGUGUACGCCAUUUUAAAACAUCAACUAAUACUUCUUAGAUCCGGGGUAAAACUUGAUAUUAAAAUAUCACAAUUUGUAUCUUCUAUCGGCUGUCAUUUAUUAGCUCAAAAUGCAUCAUCAUCAUUCAGAUACAGUACCGGUACUCAUUUGGGUAAUGGCCCAUUGGACAUGUGCCCUGUGGGCCACGUAACAUGUAUACUUACCUCUAUAAUUUAAUUGAAGGAUUGUUCUUUGCGUGUGUUUUGGUUUCAUGCGUUUUCAAGUACUUGACAUUUUAACGUUGUAAGCUUGCUAACUUUGUGUGUGUUGGUGUGUGCUCAAAAAAAAAAAAACACAGGACCCUAUGGUUACUGCAAGUCAUACUCCCCGUCGUCACAGUACCACUUGACCAACAUUGGCACGCUUAGAUUCGCAACUGGACCAUACAGUUAUCUGAAGCCACCGUCGAUACAGCUUGUCGUAAAUGAAGUGUACAGCAAAAACACCACGGGCUGUAAGUACCACGUCUUUCAGUGUCUCACCGUGCAGCUCAAAAUUGUAAGUACCACGUGUUUCAGUGUCUCACCGUGCAGCUCAAAAUUGUAAGUACCACGUGUUUCAGUGUCUCACCGUGCAGCUCAAAAUUGUAAGUACCACGUCUUUCAGUGUCUCACCGUGCAGCUCAAAAUUGUAAGUACCACGUUUUUCAGUGUCUCACCGUGCAGCUCAAAAUUGUAAAUACCACGUGUUUCAGUGUCUCACCGUGCAGCUCAAAAUUGUAAGUACCACUUGUUUCAGUGUCUCACCGUGCAGCUCAAAAUUGUAAGUACCACGUGUUUCAGUGUCUCACCGUGCAGCUCAAAAUUGUAAGUACCACGUUUUUCAGUGUCUCACCGUGCAGCUCAAAAUUGUAAGUACCACGUUUUUCAGUGUCUCACCGUGCAGCUCAAAAUUCCUUUAAAUACUUUGCACCCUUCAUCAUGUCCUGUCACAGUAAUUUGUAAUGUUUUAUCAGCAAGCUUGGCUUUAAAAUGAAGAAAUGAUAUAAUGUCACCACCAAACUGGGUUUGAAUUUGAUAUUGUGAAUCCUAAAAUCUAUGCAAAGUCCACCAGAAAUAUAAAUUCACUCCUAUGGACGAUACACAUUUAAAAAAAAUUUAAUUACUUAAUUUAUUCAGACAUUAUCAGAUUAAAGACUAUUUAAUACUAAAGAAACAGCCUUUAGGUCUCAAAAAUCAACAAGUAACGCCAAAAAACACACACACAAAAACAACAGAAAACAAGGAAAAAAACAUUUACAAGAUACCGUCAUUAAAGGGAACCAAAACACAAUCCUAAGUAAAGUAGUAAAUCUAAGGAUAGCGUGGAGGGCCAAGGAAGUGGAGAUGAGUUUCUUGAAUCAAAACUUUCAGACUUUUAACACUAAGUGGACAAAGUGAAAUCGGAAUAUGUCAAAAGAAAUUUAGUAUUAAAUAUGUAUAGACGUUUCUUUUUUUGUUCCUCAAGUCUUACACAGUUUUUCUGGUGGACCAUGAAUGUUUGUUUGUAUGUCAAUCGGUUUUUAGUCUAAGUCAGCGGUUCUCAACCUGUGGAUCGCGAUCCCUAUGGGGUCUAACGACCCUUAAACAGGGGUCGCCUAAGAUCAUAAAAACACAUAUUUAUGAGGUAGCAACGAAAAUAAUUUAAUGUUUGGGUGUCGCCACAACAUGAAGAACUGUAUUAAAGGGUUGCUGCAUUAUAAAGGUUGAGAACCACUGUUCUAAAUCAUCAUGUUUUACAAAUGACUUCAACAUUUCCCCCCAACUCCAUAAUAAACCACGAAAAUUGCAACAACUUCCAGAUUGUACCGGUGGCAGAUUUGAUUGCGGGGGCCGUAGCAACCAGUGCAUCGACCAGCAGCUCACGUGUAACGGAUAUGACGACUGUGCUAAUGGCGACGACGAGAUCGGAGGUUGUACCAUCACCAUCGCCGCCGGGGUCAUCGGGGCCAUCGUCGCUGGUGUCUUUAUAUUCGUCGUUCUGGUCAUUGCCGUGUCUUUGCUUGUCAGAAGGCAGAGGUUAAGGGUUGCCUACGUACAGUACCAGUAAUGGAGUCAGUUUGCAAAAGUAGCGGACGACGUCAUACAGUUUGUUUGGCCCCGAGGAAAAAGAAAUGUUGACAGCACGUCUGUCAAGUUAACAUUCAAACACAGUUAAAUGUGUGUGAACGAACUAACUUGGCAAAUACCGAAUGGUUAAUGUAAAUUUGGAUUGAGAAAACAGUUAGCGAAAUCCUGCCUAAAAUUAUUUUGUUUUAAAACUUGGUUGAAGAAUGCGUGGCACAGGAGACUUAGACGGAGACCCAGGGGAGACUUACAGGAGACUUACCGUAUAAAAGACUUACAGAAGACUUAGGGAGGCUUACAGGAGAUUAGGGGGAGACUUAAAGGGAGACUUACGGGGGACCAAAGCAGCUUGAAAUCUCUGGCUUUUGUUUGUGAAGAAAUUUAAAUGAGGAAUGAGAUGAAAUGAUUACAAAGAGUAGCUCAUAAUUUUUUUUUUAAAGUAAUAAAAACGACUUCUUUUGAAGCAAGGUGUUUGUAUUUCAUUUGAACGUUGAUAUGUUUUCCAAGAUGAAAGAUGAAAUGCUAGAGCCCAGUGUUACUUCCAGUAUUUGAUUUAGUUUUUUGGUACAUUCGUAUUAUUACAGUUGUUAGAAAUAAUUCGUAGUUAAUCCCCACUAACUGAUACUCAUUUGAGGUGUCCACUCUGGUCAUAACAACUUAUAAAAAUAACAGUGAUAUCAGUAUAGGAAGAAAGGUAACAGCACGCAAAUAAGAGUUAAAUUUCUCACGAUUAUAAUGACACGAGUUUUAAAG